CGGGCGGAACUCUGCGUGCGGAAUCUUUCUUCCUACGGGUAGGAGCUAUUUGUGUGUUGCACAGCUGAAUGUUUGGUAACCGUCUGUUUACUACAGAGCUGCUCUUACCAGGCGGGCUCCUUUGGUGCGAUGCCGCUGCCUCUUCUGCUGCGUCUGUCCCUCUCGCCUCCGUUGUCGGGGUGCGUCCGGGCGCAUCGCUACUGCUCUCAGUGGAUCCUGCGCUCCCAGGCUGAACACCUCCUGCGGCGGCGCCCUUCGUCCCGCCUAGCGACGCGGGGCCACAGCAGGAAGUCCAGGAGUCAGGAGGAGGAGUGGAGGACCAGGAACAAGACAGUGCUGACGUACAUCGCUGCUGCCGGCGUGGGAAUGAUUGGACUGUCCUACGCCUCCGUACCCCUGUACCGCCUCUACUGCCAGGCGACGGGGCUGGGUGGCACGGCGGUGGCCGGGCACGACACGGAUCAGGUGGAGACGAUGACGCCGGUGAAGGAGCGCGUCAUCAAGGUCACCUUCAACGCCGACACGCACGCCAGCAUCCAGUGGAACUUCAGACCUCAGCAGACGGAGAUCUACGUGGUGCCUGGCGAGACGGCGCUGGCCUUCUACAGAGCCAAGAACCCCACGGAUAAGCCGAUCAUCGGCAUCUCCACCUACAACGUGGUGCCCUUUGACGCCGGGCAGUACUUCAACAAGAUCCAGUGUUUCUGCUUCGAGGAGCAGCGUCUCAAUCCGCACGAGGAGGUUGACAUGCCUGUCUUUUUCUACAUUGACCCGGAGUUCGACGACGACCCGCGGAUGGCUCGGGUGGACACCAUCACGCUGUCCUACACCUUCUUCGAGGCCAAGGAGGGUCAGCAGCUGCCUCUGCCCGGAUACAGCUACAACUGAACCAGAGGCAGAGAGAGAGAGAGCCAGAUGGAGACCCAAAACAGACUCUUCAUCAUGACGCUGCUCGUUCUCUGAGCAGAUAAUCCUAAACUCUUCUCUGGUUUCUGACUACGUUCCACAAUAUUCCAAAAUGGGUUUAUCAUCAAGCAAAAAAAAAAAAAAAAACACAACGUCCAUUUAAGCAAUUCAGGUUUUGUGUGAAAGUUUUUUUAUUUUCUUCAUUUUGUGUGGACAGAAACUUUAAGCUCUAAACUGCAUGUUAAGAUCCAGCGUUUGCAGGAGAAGAGUGAUGGGUUACAGCUUCCCUCAUCUGGUCCCUUUUCUGCCUUAAAGUGACAAAGAGAAGGAGAAAAACCAGAACGCAUGGUAAAAUUCUUACUCAAGCCGUUCCUGGUGCUGCUGAAAGUCUUGAAGCUCAAAGCUGCGAAGGUUUGACCCCUGAGAGAACAGCUGGAGCUCCACUGGAUUAUUUAUUCUCAGUUACCUGUCUGAAAGGAGAUCACUAAAUCCAGAUCAGCACUUUCCUCCCAAAACGUGCAUUACUGUGUUUUCUUUGGUAAUGAAAUAAAACAAUUCAAAGUGUG